AUGUUGCCCAUGCUCUUCCAACUCCUGCAGCACCAAGAUGGCGAGGUUCUCUCGGACACCUGCUGGGCCCUGUCCUAUCUCAGUGAUGGCUGUAAUGAGCGCAUUGGCCAAGUGGUAGACAUGGGGGUCCUGCCCAGGCUGGUCCAGCUCAUGACCAGCUCGGAGCUCAAUAUCUUGACCCCCUCUCUCCGUACUGUGGGAAACAUCGUCACAGGAACAGAUCACCAGACCCAGGUGGCCAUUGACGCAGGCGUCCUGAAGGUCCUGCCCCAGCUCCUCAUGCACCCCAAGUCCUCCAUCCAGAAGGAGGCGGCGUGGGCCUUGAGCAACGUGGCCGCAGGGCCUUACCAGCACAUCCAGCAGCUGAUUGCUUGUGGCACGCUGCCUCCCUUGGUGGCUCUGCUAAAAAACGGAGAAUUUAAAGUCCAGAAAGAAGCUGUUUGGACCGUGGCUAACUUCACAACUGGAGGCACCAUAGACCAGUUGAUCCAGCUUGUCCACUCUGGAGUCUUGGAGCCCCUGGUAAAUCUGCUUACCAUCCAAGACCCCAAAAUUAUUAUCAUCAUCCUUGAUGUUCUCUCUCUUAUCCUCAAGGCAGCAGAGAAGCUUUCCAAGAAGGAAAACAUGUGUCUCCUGAUAGAAGAAAUUGGUGGUGUUGAUAAAAUUGAGGCUUUGCAACUUCAUGAGAACCCCCAGGUUGCCCUGACUGCUUUGAACAUUAUAGAGAAGCAUUUUUGCGAGGGAGAAGAAAGCGGCACAGUAUUACCAGCUCUGAAUGAAGAUUGUGAAUUCUUAAACCAAUUAACAAAAAAUCACCAAGGCCCCACGACUUCUAAACCAAGGACCACACCCUAAUGGGUAACUUCUUUAAGAACC